AUGUUAUUUACAAUAAUUGAAAUAGUUUUUUCAGUUUAUAAAGAUGAAAUAACGGAAUUAAAAGUUUUAGAAGAAAGGGUCAAAAAAUUAGAAUCUAAAGAAUCUAGCUCUUCACAUGCCAAUGCAUCAAAACCUAGAAACUGCUGGGAAGUCUUUGUAAAUGUACAUAAGAUUCCAAAAAGAAGUAUGAUGGUAAAAGUAAUUGGAAUAUAUUCACAUUUCUUAUUUUGUACAAUCGCUGCUCCAGAUUCAUUAUGGAUAAAAAUUUAUCUUACAUGUGUAGCUAUUUAUGUCACAUUAACUGAAAAAUUAGAAGAAAAAGUUAUUCUGUCACUGA